GCUAAUGUGGUUGGCGGCUACAGAGCACCAGAAGAAGAAGUAUAAAAUGAGGAUGGAACAAAUAAAAACAAUGUCACCUCCAGCGCAUCUGUGGUUAAAAGCUCUUCCGGAGAAGAAAUGGACAUUGCAUAAGGACAACGGUCAUAGGUGGGGGGCUAUGACAAUGAAUGUAUCUAAGUCUUACAACGGUUUAUUGAAGAAAGCUCGUGGAUUGCCCGUUACUGCCAUGGUCCGUUCUACGUUUAAAAAUCUUGUUGAUCGAUUUGUUGAGAGAAGCACUCUUGCUGAUUUGUUGAUUGCGGAUAAAAAGUUUUGGCCGCGUGCUGUUGAAAAGAAGUUUGAUGAAUACUGGGAGAGGUCCCUAAAGCAUACUGACAUGCAGCAAUACAAUGCGGUGAAGGGGAAAAAGUGUUCGUGUGGGAAGUGGAGAAACUACCAUAUGCCAUGUUCACAUGCAAUUAAAUUUUGUGAUAUCUGCGGAAUUCAACCAAAGACCUAUGUUAGCAAGUACUACAGUUGCAGGUUUUACAAGCAAACGUACAGUAAAAUUUUUUCACCGUUGGGUGAUGAGGCAUAUUGGCCACCUUCUCCCUUCAGUUUAAUUGCAAACACUGAAUACGAGCGAACUUCAGGAGCGCGGACUACAACUAGAAGGAGGAAUGAAAUGGAUAUAGCUCCUGCUCGCAUGGCUAGAAAGGGUAGUAUGUGCAAGCAAACAGGUCAUAACAAGAAUCGCUGCCCCGACAGAAAUCAGUAGUUGUUGUUGCUUGUUGGUUUUUAUGUUUUUUCUUAAGUUGUAUGAUUGUUGUUUUCUUAUGUAAUCUUCCAAGAAUAUAUAACAUGUCUUGUGCCGUUUAAUAGUUAGUAUGUAAUUUAACAUUUACUACUCAGUUAAUGUGUGACG